AGUAAGCGAGGAGAUGUGUUGGCUCGCACUGUAACCUUCGCGGUACCAGCACUCACCCUCACUCGAAACCAGGCCCGUCCGGCUCGAGUCCUGACGGAGGCAUUCAGCUCAAGAGUGCCGUGGCGACUCGGACUCGGGACCUCGCUGUAUGCGUAGUACUUGACACCGCUAAUGCGGCGUGCCUCCAAUUCGACUGUAUGCCGGCUAAUCUCUUUUUAGCCAAGGUGCCGAGCAAGUGUCAGGGCUAUGAAGGUGGAGACGUACCAUUUGAUGUGACGGGUGCAGCCAUUGCCGUCUACAGGAGGGCAAACGCACACUGGAGCAUGAACAUGGUUGUAGGAACGAGUGGUUGGACUGGGCAAGGUCCCUCUGCCCCGUAUUUAUUCUCGCUGACGAUCUGCGCUGUCUUGGUCUUGUGUAGUAGCCUAUGGCGCUCUGCUCGAACGCAGACGGUCAAGCAUUUAACUGAAAGGCAUGUCAACAAGACUCAGUUGACUCCGAAGACGUCGACAACAAACACACUACUCGCAAAGCGAGGAUAUAUCGCCAGUCCUCUUGCCUUGCUGUCUGGUUGCCAUACAUGUCCAGACCAUCGCGUGAUCCUGCUGAGACAGUGGGCCAUUCUGUCCUUCAAGUUGAAGAGAGUCGGUCAGACCACAAUCCGAUGAUGAGAGAUCAGCGUCGACAGUAGUCGACAGACCCGACCGCGCUGAGUCUCAUCAAGCUCAAGCAAGGCCGCUUGAGAUACGUUGGGAGGCACCGCAUAGACAAAUAUGGGUAUCGUCCAUAUGCCACAGUCUAAAGUCGAGUCGUUCGCUGAGACGUCGCGGUAGUCACUAGCACGGUAUUGAAUCAACCAUAACCUUUGGAAGGCCUUGCAACUAGGUCACUGGUUGCGUCGGACACUACAAGUCCCAUAGGCCGUUACUGGUGUCAAU